AUGCCAAGGGUGUGGCCCUAAAAAGACAAAAAGACAAAAAAAAAGAAAGAAAGAAAGAAAUUGCCAACCCUUCUACGCCCAUCUGUACUUCUCCCUCCUGGGUUGACUCCUUGCCCAGAGGACUGUUCCUUCAGCCAAAGCCUGCAGCCACUCAGCCAGUGUCCUCUCCUGGCUCUUAUCCCAUCCUGUGUUGGGUGCCAGGUACCUUUCCAUGUAUCUGAAUCAAGGUCCUCUCUGGGAACCCUAAGGCAUUUCUUCAAGUUGGUGUCUAUAACGACUCGAUCAAUCUUGCCUAUUUGGAUAAAUCCUCCUUAAUGAAUCCUACCAACUUGCUACCUUUUCCAGGUGACCUGCCCCCAGUGAAAGCAUCUGUGGUUACUAAUGAAUGGUGUGUCUCAAACCACCACUACAUGGUUUGCCUGACUGCAGAGCAAUUCAUUAAAGAGCCACGGUGAGCUUGGUAGGGCGUCUUAGGGAUUGGAUUCCUUCAUUCAUGUAGGUUUCUUGAAACCAACACUAACACUUGUGAUUGCUCAUAGACCACACUCUAGUGUGAUUACCUGUUUACCUGUUGGUCUCCCCUGUGGCAUCGUGGGCCUGGGAGGCAGGGCUGCUGUCCCUUAUUCUCUAUCUCCAGUGCCCACACAGUGGCUGGCGCAUAGUAGAUAUGCAGCAAAUAUUUGUCGAAAGACAUAAAAGGGGAUGCCCCCUUCCCACAUAUUGAGGAUUUAAAAUCCCCGAAAGGAGUCAUUAGUCUUCUAAAUCUCCUCCACCCCACUUCCUGGUCCCUGCGAGUUGUCCCAUCCCCAUCUCCCUCUGGAAAGCCCCAUGCUUUCCUCACUCUGCAAUCUCUACGUGUCUGGAGGCGAAAGUUUGGUGCUGCUUCUCUUCUGGCGAGGGGUAGGGAGCCCAUACCCAGACACGUCUGCCCUCAGACUUACUUACAAAUCCCAGCUGGAAGGAAGAACAGUUGCUUCAAGGUCUGGGCAGGGCUCCAGGCUGACAGACACAUCUUGUCCACCAAGCACUCCAGCCUCCCCCUCUUCCCUCUCAUGGUGAUGGGGAUCCCCCGGGUGCACGCUGGCUCACACAGGCAAGGGCCAGGGAAGAGGGAUUUCCAAUGUCACACUUCCUCUAAAGACCUCUCCUAUGCCCACGAAUACAAAAAUGAGAAGUUUUGAAACAUCUCCCUCCCCAAGUCAUGAGGAGGGGUUUCUGGGGAUGCUGGCAGGGUCCUGUUGCUUAACCUGGUGCUGGUUACAGGAUGUUUGCCUCCUAAUAAUUCAUGAAACCACACACGUUUUCUGAAUGUGUGUUGUAUUUCACAAUCAAAAAGAAAAAAGUACCCCUUCCCCUCCCCCCAGCCCCAAACCCUUAAUCCAAUCAGUUCUUGUUUAACCAGUGCCUAUCUGCAUCCAAUCCCAGCUGGAGAAGGAGAUUCUUGUCCUCAAGGAAUUUCCUUACGGAAGCGAGGAACUGGAGCAUCAAAAGAUUCUGAAUCCAGCUCUGAGUUAUAUCUGGAAAAUAGGCUAUGCUGUCAUUAUUUUGAGGAUGAGCCCAGAGGUCAAGGAGGUGGUGGGACUGGAAGGCAGCUGAAGAUGUGAAUGGGAUUUGGGUAAGCAGAGAGGAGCAGAGGAAGGCAUUGUAGCUCAGAGGACUGUAUGCGCAAGAGCUUUUGGUGGUGCUGAGCCUGAUGUGUUUGGGGGGGGCAAUGAAGAGACCCUGGUACUGAAGAGUUUAUGGGAGUAAGACUGUCUUGGAGAGAUUUAGAUGCAGCCCCCAGCUCCAAACAAAGGCAAGGUGGAUGCCACUCAGAGGACAAGCCUGCCUUGUUGGAAUGGAGGGUCCCUGCACCUUCGUGCAAGAGCAGACGUGUGUUUCACAUUUCUUUGCUUUGUUGUUUUGCUCAAGCCACAGGCUCCUGUGGACUCAUAAUCCCCAUCCCAGACAGACUGGAAGUUAUAUCUGCCAGACACAUUACAUGGGCACCCGCGUGCCUGCAGAGAGAGACACUUGCUCAAUCCCUGACUUUCAGCCCUGCCCCACCCUGCAGCUGCCUUCAAGUCCCAGCACUGAUAAACUGCUUAGAUGUGGGAGUGACAGAGGAGGCAUGAGAACUCAGGACUGCAGAUUUGGGGACUGCGACAGGCUGUGGGAUGACUUCACCCCACCCACUGACAGGCUGUGAGAUGACUCCACCCCACCCCCAGCCCAAGAGCCCUGGGACUCUGGGACUUCACCCACCAUCAUCAGGGAUGUGUCUGGCCACCUGAGACCAUGGGUGAAUAUGCCAUCAAGUGCUGGGGGGGGGGGGUCCCAAAACUCCAUGCAGGGUUACUGGGUUUAACACAAAGGAGCAAGACUAGGAUGUAUUUCUGGUUACUUUAGGGAGUGGAAAUCAAAUCAAUCAUAAGGACCCUUCACACAAAGAGUGACUGUGAUGAGGCUUAAAGGGGAGAAGAGCUAGUAAUGAUAAUAGCAGGAGUACGAGUGAUGCUGAUGAUGAUAACUACUGAGCAUGAAGAUUAAUUAUGUGCUUAGCAUUGUGCUAAACAUUCACUUCUUUUAGUUAAGUCUCCCAAUAACCCUAUGAUGUGGACGCUAUUAUUUCCCUGAUACAGAUGAAGAAACUGAGGCUUCAAGGCACAAGCUGCUUUCCCAAAGUCAUACAAAAGUUCAGAACACUGACCUGAAUUGCAGCAAUCUUACUCCUGAGCCCAUACUGUGGAAGCUGGCGAUGCCCCCUUAAGCCUUGUCUGGGCUUGGAGAGGAUGUCCAAGCCGAGAGUGUGCCAGCCCCUGCGGCGGGUGUGGCACUCUUAAAGGCCAUCUGACAAAUUUUGCUUGCUCUGAUUUCUCAUUAAACAGCCUUUGCUUCCCCUGUGACACUAUAGGGAAAGAGGGCCAUGCCCUGCCAACAUGACAGCUGUAUUUUUCAUUAGUAAAUUAAUAAACUGGCUGCCUGGGUUCAUGCACACAUGUAUUCGUUCCUGAUGGCUGGGUUAAGGUGACCCUACCCCAGAGCCGAAACCCACCAUGUGCCAACUUAAUUGAGAUUCUGGGCAUGCAAGGGUAGCCCCCAGUAAGGCCUCUAUGCCAAGGAAAUUCCUCUUGUCCUCUCUUGGCUGCCUUGGCCUGCCUUCCCCAGUGAUAGCCUGGCUCUUUGGAUUCGAGCUGCCUGGUCCGACUAUGAGGGUCGUCUGCAGAGAGAAGGAAGCAACAGUGCCAGGUUCCAGUGCACAUUCCAAGUUCCACAUUCCGUGUGCAGACUCCUGGCGCCAGAGAAAGGCUGGCCUCUGGCAGGGGACUGGAGUAGCCAUGGCCCUGAGUGAUGUUGAUGUGCAGAAGCAGAUUAAGCACAUGAUGGCUUUCAUUGAGCAGGAAGCCAAUGAGAAGGCAGAAGAAAUAGAUGCCAAGGCUGAGGAAGAGUUCAACAUUGAGAAAGGACGCCUUGUGCAAACCCAACGACUGAAGAUUAUGGAGUAUUAUGAGAAGAAAGAGAAGCAGAUAGAGCAGCAGAAGAAAAUCCAGAUGUCUACCAUGAGGAAUCAGGCAAGGUUGAAAGUCCUGAGAGCCCGAAAUGAUCUCAUCUCAGAGUUGCUGAAUGAUGCAAAGCUAAGUCUCAGCAGGAUUGUGGCAGACCAGGAAGUCUACCAGGCACUGCUGGAUAAAUUAGUGCUCCAGGGUCUGCUUAGACUGCUGGAGCCUGUGGUGAUCAUACGCUGCAGGCCACAGGACCUCUUCCUGGUAAAGGCUGCAGUGCAAAAAGCCAUCCCUCAAUAUACGACGAUCUCCCACAAACAUGUAGAAGUUCAAGUUGACCAAGAGGUGCAACUGGCUACAGAUGCAGCUGGGGGUGUGGAGGUCUACAGUGGUGAUCAGCGAAUAAAGGUUUCCAACACUCUGGAAAGUCGACUAGAUCUCCUAUUCCAGCAAAAGAUGCCAGAAAUACGAAAGGCCUUGUUUGGAGCCAAUGCCAACAGAAAGUAUUUUGUAUAAGCCUCUGGAAAGUGAGGCUCAUGUGGAACUUCUAAGCCAUAAAAGCAUAAGUUUUUAAAGAAAAGGAAACUAGUAAUAUCUCUUUCUCUUUUUUGUUCUGGUAUUAGUCUAUCUUCAUGAAAUAUCCUUUGACGAGCUAGUGGCAUUACACUUUGGAAUAAAACCUGACCUAAUGCUUAGAAAUGCAAUUCCAGUUUAUCUAUACACACCACAGCUUCUGGUCAGUUCUGUAGUCUGGGUUGAGGGGAGUAGAACCAUCUGCUCUUUAGUUUGUCCUCCAGUUGAGAUGUGAAUGGUAUUCAUGACCUAUGGGUCUGAGUGUUCUAAAUUUCUUUAAUAUGUAUGUGAAGUGUGUUUUACUCCUUUUGUUUCAGCUUCUUAUGUUAUUAAAUAACUUACGUUAUUUAGUAAGGUUCAGAGCUCUUCUUCAUGUGUGUGGGGCCAACUUCAUGGGCAUAUGAUGAGUGCAAUCACACAGAACUCCAAGCUCACAAGAGCCCAGUGCUUAAGUUCUAAUGUUCUAUAGCCAUGGCCUUGAACGUCUUAAUUUUAUCUUUGCAUGUGUGCUUUGUAAGUGAAGCCUGAUGAGACUUUGGAGUGUGUGCCAGGGGGAGCAUGUGCAUGGGUCUUGGGUCACAUGUGGUGCCAACUCCCAAAGCCUACCCAGCUCCUUGGGAUGGGCUCUUGGCCACCCACUUUCUAGCUCCCUGGUGCCCCAAGACUGAGCCUUUUCUUCCUUCACCCAGUGAACACUGCUAUUCUCUGACCGUGGUGAGGGCCUGGUAUGGAUACAGGUGUGUCUUAGGCUUGGCAUAAUGGUGGCCAUCUCUACCCCAGGUUGUCAGCUCCAUGGCAUAUUUAGCAGGUGACUUAGUAUGGGUGGUCUCUGGAAUACUGAGAUACUGAGCACAUCUUGGUGUGGAGGUUUAAAGACCCCAGGGUUCUCCUGUCUGCUGUGGGUUGGGUCAGCCAGACUACUGGAGUGGGAGCUGCCUGGCUUGAUUUCCCUGAUCCCAGCCUGGGCACAGCCCAUAGAUCUGGGGGCUGGUGGGAAGAAGGGCCCAGCAGUUGUCAAGGUUACUGGGCCUGAGUCUCAGAAUGGGAGCUUUGGGAGCUGAUGAGGAUCUGCACUUGCCCGGUAAAAUAUUCUGUGCCCACUGGAGUUCUCCAUUAGACCCCUUGUACCUGGAGGGACUUGGGCUCAUCUCCUGCGGCCAGCUUGAUACAUCUUCAGGAAGAAGCCAAGAAAUACAGCCAUUUUGGUGAUUCUCCAUAUGAGCACUGCACAAUAUGAAGAGAAAUGAUAAAAUUCAUGCCAAUGGUUUUAGAUUGUAAUUUUUGUUUACUUAGACAUUAAAUAGCAAGUAAAUACCACAACAAGCCAAAAGGGAGACUGCAGAAGAAAGGAAAAUGCUUUAUAAGUAUUUUAGUGCCUUUGACUAUACUUUUGAACAGAGGAUUCUAUGAUUUCACUUUACAUUGGGUCCCUUAAAUUAUGUAAUUGGUUCUGUGUGUAUGGUGAUUUAAAGUCUAAUUUAUGCCUGAGGGUAUUUUAUGUAUUAAAAUUAAAGCUUUUAGAAGUAAAGUCACCCCCCUUCCCCCAUACAAGGAACUCUGCCAAGGCAAAGGUUGGCUUGUGUGGUCAGGACUGUAUAAGGAACAGAAAUCCCUUGAAAGUCAAACACAGGGCAGGGGCAGUUAGGUUUUUAGCAAACAGAAGCUUGGACAGGACUCUGUCAUGGUCUCAGAGGAUGGCUGGAACCUGGCAUCAGUAAGCUGUCUGAAGGCCCCUAGAUAGCUACUUCAUUUUUCUCUUUUUUUAAGGGAUGGCUUUUCCUACUGUCCUGUUUCAAUGGUUGAAUUUGUGUGCCCCACAUGCUUUAUGUCCCAGAGUUUAGAUGUUGCAGUUCCAGGAACAAAUUUGCUUUUCUUGGAGUCAAUUCCUCUUUUCUGAGAAGGAAUCCAUUUGGCCCAGCUCAGGUCAACUGGACCUGUAGUCCAGGUGGUGUCUGGGGACAGUUCUAAGAGAAAAAAGCGUGUUUGUCAACAGGACAGUCUCUUCAAAGGAUGUCUUCUAUGUGGGCCCUGUUGCAAAUUCAGUCACUCAUGGAAGACUCAUUGCUGGCAAUGAGCUAGGCACUGUGCUAGCUGCUGGGCUGCAAAGAAUACCAUCUUGUCCUGUCCUUUCACUAGUCAUAGACACAGUAAACAUGAUAAUCUGGUGAGGAUACAAUGCAGAAGUGCCAGCCUAGUGCUGUAUAAAAAGUACUGUAGAAAUAGCUGUAGCAGGUAGAGCCCACGGAAGGCUUCUGGGUUGCUGGCAGUUGAGCUGGGGGAGGAACUUUGGGCAGGGGCGGGGGUGGGCAGGAAGAACAUAUGCAAAGGCCCUGAGGUGCAAAGAAGCAAGUUGUAUUAGAGGACCAAUGUGAUAGGGCCUGAAGGGUGAGGGCAAGUGUCAUGGAUGAGGCUGGGGAGAUGGACGGAGCCUGAUCACUUGGUGCUGUGUGCCCUGCUUAGGAAUUAGACGAAUUCUGGUGGCAGCAGUAGAGGGUUCAUUGAAGAACUUUAAAUACAAGGGGGGGCCAUGAGAACUGGACUUUUAAAAGAUUAUUCUAGUGCCACUGUAUGUGGAAGACACACUGGAAGGAGGGAGAGAUGAAGGCAUGAGCCCGGGCAAGGGGAACCAUUUAUUAGCCCAGGUGAGAGAUGGCAAAUAAUCUACCCAGCUCUUUGGUGAGGUAGGUCAAAUACACAGGCUGCAAAAGAUUAACAUCAGUGACCUGUGUCCUAUCUAUUCCCAUCUACCCUCCUUCCACCACAAUAAAUCCUUGUCCAGGGCAUGAGGCUGUCCACCACAGUUUCACACCCUCUUACAAGUCCCCCCUGGACACCCCCUCAGAGCUCUCCCUCUUCUCUCCCAGCCAUCCUUCCACGACCUACCAAGCAUCCCCUUCCCAGCUGUCUGAGCCCCCCGCCACCACCCCUUCUAGGAACUCAAACCCCACUUCAAGCUGUACAACCCAGGAGGUCAUACAAGAGCAUCUGAUCCCCCUGGCCGACCCCGGCUCCGGCGCUCUGCGCUGGCCUCCAUCUAUGGGGGGGGUGGUGCCCAUGAUAUCCAUCCAUGUCCCCCAGUUUGACAGCUCAUCUCUUCCCCAAAAUAGUCUUAAUGAAAGGUUUUGUGGGAAGUUGAGGAGAACUUUACAUAGUACCUGUGGGGCGAAAUCUCCCCUCAUCCCACUUAAACAUCUCUCUGUCUUCCCAAACUUGUCUCUCUUCCAGAGUUGCCCAGUUCUCUCUCUCCCCAGCCUCCUCCUC